AUGACGAUGGCUGACCCGUUUGAGGUCCGCAUGCGAUUUACAACGCAGCUGCAGCAUCUAAGCGCAUCCUUUACCUCGUCGCAGAAGGCAGCCAACUAUGUCUUGAAACACAGGGACAUGGGGGAGGACCUCCACUCCUGCAUCUUAGAGCAAUUGGAAAGGAGUAACAUGAAUACUAGGGCGAACAUCAUCUACUUCAUAGAGCAUCUAGCCGACAUGGCCACGAAGGAGAACCAUCUCGAGUUCGUCCGCAUGAUUCAGCGAGAUAUCCUGCGAAUCGUCGAUGCUGUUGCCCCGGCUGAUGGCUCCGGAGCUGCAAACGUGAAACAUGUACGGCGUGUUUUGAACGGGCUCCAAUCGAAGGAGAUACUUUCCAACGAAACGGUGUCUGAAAUCGACGCCUGUCUCAAGGAACGAGAAAGCUACCCGGCCCAUCUCCUUGACCUGGAGCCGCUCGAAGAUCCUGGCGCCACCGAUAGCACCACAAAAGGUGGAUCAGACGCUUCAAAGUCGAUGGUGACUGUCGACAAGAAACAGAUCGAACAGCGGGUGGAGGAAGACAGGGAACGAAAUAAACGACUGCGAGAGAACAUGUGGGCUGUGCCGCCGCAUGAUAUGAAGGAGUUUGAGAAAAUGUGGGACGAGGUGAGCGAUGUGGGAGAAGAUGACUAUCUGCAGGCCGCAGAGGAAGCUGAAGAGAGAAGAAGGACAGCCGAAGCUUCCGGCCUUUACAACUGA